AGCCCAUCUAACUCUGUGCUAAGUCCACGGAGGCGUCUGUGUGACCAGCGUCGCAGCCAAGGAAAGGAAGGCUUAGCGGUUUACGUCACUUUGCCGGGGAAACCGCAUUCAUAAACGUUUGACUUGCCCUGCCCAAGUUCGCAGUUUUGAGACGCAAAUAACACGCCAGUCACCAUCUGCAAGCAAUUGACAGUAGUCCACAAAGUCCCAUAUCGAUACACAAGGCUCGCAUCCACUUUCCAAUCCAGAUACCGCAACCAUGCCUUUCACCGGAAGCGACAUCAUCAAGAUCAUCGUCGCCAUCCUCCUCCCACCUCUCGGCGUCUUCCUCGAGCGUGGCUGCGGCGCCGACCUCCUCAUCAACAUCCUCUUGACGAUUCUGGGUUACAUCCCAGGUAUCAUCCAUGCCCUCUACAUCAUUCUCAAGUAUUAAGCGCCCGGUUAGCGGCGCUCAGAAGACGCGGCGAUGAACAGGAGCACUACCUAGCGAUACCCACAUACCUUCUUCGACCUGCUUGCAAAAUCACGCUCAGGAUGCGUUUGGGCACCUG